GGCAGACUGUUCACUAACAAUGCUGCUGGACACCAUCAGAAUGAUCCUUCUUCUUUUCUUCCUUUUUACUGGUGUUUGUCCAGUGACACCCAGUAAGAUAUAUGUCAAUGUCGGGGAGCUAGUGACACUGAAUUGCGGAGUGUGCAAUUAUGAUGCUACUGUUAUUCUCUGGAAAAAGGAGAAUGACCAGAAGACGCUUCUGUACAGCAACAUGUCAACAUCUGAGCAGCAGAAGCUUGGUUUGAUUUUUUUUCAGACACACCUUGUGAUUCUCAAUGCGUCUGUAAACCACCAAGGGAAUUACUCAUGCAGUCCUUCAAGUGGUGCCAUCAGCCAGAUGUGGUUCAACCUAACAGUAUGCUCAAAACAAUCCCAGGAAUGUAACUUCAGGAACACAUACAGUCAAAUAUGUCCCACAAUAGAAAAAUGUGAACCGAGCUGUGAUGAAAAAAAAAUAAUUGCUGAGGGUAUUCCUGAUAUAACCAGCUAUGAACCCAAAUGGAACAAGGAGAACGUAGAGCAUAGAACAUAUAACAACCUGAGUGAAGAAUUACAGGAAAUUGGAGUCUACCGCUGCACCCUUUCAUUCUUGUAUUUUGGUCAAGUAUACAAUGCCUCCUUCAGAGAAGUACUUUCUGUCCCAGUUGCAGUAAAGAAUCAGCUCACCCUUGGAAUCAAAGUACCAAGGGACGGUCAAGUGUUUGAAGUAGAACUUGGUGCAACAGUGGUGAUUAGUUGUAGAGCUGUCAUAGGUUCCUGUGACGAUUCACUGCUCUGGUUUAGAGAAUACGACUUUGUUGAAACAACUGACGAUAACAAUAAGUUUCGGGUUUUCUACAAUAAUACGUGUGAAGAUAAAUCAGAAAUCCGUCAUAUGAAUGCAUCUUUAGUCUUCAGAGAAGUAUUGGAGGAAGAUCUGCAUACAAAUUUUAGCUGUAAACUUGAAAGUGUUGCAUUCAGCCAGUUUGUCACGAUCACCCUAAAAAAAAAAGUCGGACCCUCAUACUUCAUCCUAACUAUGUGCACAGUCUGCAUCGUGGUGUUGAUCACUGUGACCGUUGUUACAUAUGUGAAGUUUAGAAUCGAUGUCACGCUUUUCCUGAGAGACAAAUUUGGUUUCAAAGGAUGCCAGAGUUACACCUCAGAUGGAAAAAGCUAUGACGCAUUUUUAAUGUGUUACAAAAGCAGCUUUGAUGGAGGACUGAAUGAAGACGACAUAAAAUACCUGAUAAAUACUUUGGAAGAUCAGUUUGGUUACAGUCUCUGUCUUUAUGAUCGAGAUGUUUUACCUGGUCAAGCUGUAGCUGAUGCUGUUUUAGAAUGUGUAGAGCAGAGCCGAGCUGUGAUUCUUGUUCCCAGCUUACCAGAUCCUGAACCAGGAAACAACGUGCUAAGUGCUAUUCAUGCUUUCCUUGUGGAGCAGAAGACUCACUUGAUUUUUAUAAACACGGGGGAGGCAGAGGCGUCCACAUCAGGCUCUUUUCAAGAGGCUUUACAGCUUCUCAGUAAGGAGGGAGAUAGUGUCACCUGGAAAGGGAGGUCAUCCUCCUCUCACUUCUGGAAGCAGCUACGUUAUCACUUAUCAGCCCCACAGCAAGUACCAAAAAUGCAACUUUUACCUCAAGAGUGCUAAAUUGAAACCAGAUUUUAUCUAACCAGUUUAUACUGCAAAUAAUUAAUUCCUACUAAUUGGUGCAAUUUGAAUAUGGUAACAUCAUGCUUAUCUUUUUUCUUCAAAUGAUCUAAUGAAGGACUUGAACUAUAAGAAAAUUAUGUUGGUCAAGCUCAGCAUAAAAUGCUGUCCAGCUUUUAUCAAGUCCACCCCGAUACACAACAUUCUUAUAAAAGCCAUUUAGAUGAGCAAUUUUUUCAAUUGAUUGAAUUAUUUGAUCUAAGCACUGUCACUAUUGGACUAUACAGGGGGGGAAAGCUGUACUGGGGGGAUGCCACAGUCGUUUCUGAUAAAAAAGACUGAACUGGACAGUGGAGCUACCUCAACUUCAUACACAAUAUUUGUAUUGUUUUUU